GUUUGUAUCAAACAUAAACCUAAUUAAUACUGGCCUCCUCAACUGGUAAAUGCAAGUAUCUGGUUUGCUAUGACCAUGGAUAUAUCAGUCCCGGUGCAGAGAACCGUUGUGCUCAAGCUAUUUACCAGGUUGGUGAGGCUUGUAGCAAGGGUUUCCUAUGAUCAGUAUACCACGAGAAGAGAUGAUCAGCCGAUAUCUGCAAGAACUGACGACAGAGGGAUUGCCGUUGUGGUGCUGGACUCGCUUACGAGGCGGCAAUGGGUUAGAGAAGAAGAUUUGGCAAAAGACUUGAGGAUAAAUGCCAAGCUACUCCGGAAAAUAUUAAGACACUUUGAAGAACAAAAAUUGGUCAAGCGUCACCACCGGAAAGAGGUAUGUAAGAAUGCAAAGAUAUAUAGUGGUGCAGUGGCUGCUACAACUGAUGGCCGAGCAGAGGACAAAGUUAAGCUCCAAACGUACUCAUACUGCUGUCUUGAUUAUCAACAGAUAUAUGAUAUUGUUCGGUGUAAGCUGUGCCGGAUUAAAAAAAAACUCAAAGAUGAACAAGAAGAUAAGAAUACUGUUCAAGAGUAUGGCUGUCCUAAAUGCCAAAGGAAAUAUAAUGCACUGGAUGCCCUGAGAUUACUUUCUAUGGAAGACGAUUCUUUUCAUUGUGAGAAAUGCAAUGGUGAACUUGUUGUGGAAUGUAAAAAGCUAACUUCCAAAGAUGUAGUAAAUGGAGAUGGCUAUGCAAAGAAACUUCAGAUGGUGGAGGUCUUUAUGAUAUUGAUUGGAAAUAAAGUGCAGGAUCUGAUGGGUCAAAUACAUAAAGUAGAAGACCUACCGUUUCCUGACUAUGAAUCUUAUCCGGAAUGGGAGGCUCGUGCGGCUAGGGCUGCUCAUGAAAAUGGUGGUCUGAACCCUAACGAUCCUUCGAGGUCACAGGGUGGGUAUGGUUCAACAUCGAUGCAAUUUCUCGGAGAGACAAAGGUUGAGGUUAACCUUGGUGAAGGAAAAGAAGAUGUUAAAUCUGAAGGUGGAGAUUCUAGUCAGAAAGUUUUCCCUUCAUGGAUGAUCAAAGAAGGAAUGAAUCUGACGGAUGAACAAAGAGGAGAGAUGAGACAUGAAGCAAACACUGAUGAUGGUGUCUCUGGAGGAUCAGUCAAAAUUUCAGAUGAAUCAGCCAUGGGAAAUGGCGAUGAUAAGGAUCUGAAGGAUGAAUAUAUCAAAGCUUACUACGCCGCUCUACUGAAGCAGCAAGAGGUAGCUGAAAAGCUGAAUCAGCAAGAAUCUGCAGGGGUAUUAACCACUCCUGACAUUGAGUUGGCUUCUACAACAUCCUCAGAUCGUCAGGUUGGUAUGAAGUCCAAACGUGAAGAGGAAGAUGAAGAAGAUGUGGAAUGGGAAGAAGAGGCUCCUGUUGCAGCAAAUGGAGACUACAAGGUGGACUUAAAUGUGCAAGCAGAUGAUGAAAAAGAAGAAGAAGACGACGUCGAGUGGGAAGAAGGGUGA